AUGGCUGACAUGCAGCCGUCACGUCAGUAUGCUCGAUCCCGAGUACCGCUCUUCGUGCGGAGAUACGCGAACGACAUUGGACGCUGUGCGCGCGCAGCUUCAUUCCCCCUACGCGGCAUUUGGUACUUUCUGCGCAACAAGGAAUUCUACCCAUUGUUCCUCAGCCGCUUACUGCCUCUCUCCAUCAUCUCUGUUCUUGUCUAUGUCAUUCUCUUCACCUUUACCUUCCUACCACAACUCGCCCUCCUCGCCAUUUUCCAGGGCAGAAGCGCCUGGCUCAAUGCCACGAUCCUGGUGCUUGGAGAAGGUCUCGUCGUAAUCCAAGGACUCUUUGAGGGCUUCUUCGUCGAUGAGGCUCGUGUUGAUGUGUUCGACGCUACUCUGAUCAAGUACUCGCACACCGACCUCGUUUCUCCUCAUCGAAUCCUAUUUCCUGAUGCGCCGACCGCCAUAAAGAUGCUGGGGAAACCCACCAGUUCCGCCAUCUACACACCAUGGAGCAUGAUCCAGAUCAUCGAGGUCAUCGUGUUCCUGCCUCUGAACUUCAUUCCCAUUUUCGGCGCACCUGCCUUUAUCAUCAUCACUGGAACGCGCCUCGGCAAGCUUGCACAUUACCGCUGGUUUCAGCUGCGGGGCCUCAGCAAAAAAGAGAUGAAGCAAGAGAUCAGCUCGAGAGUUUGGGAGUACGUGUGGUUUGGGACUGUGGCCAUGAUCUUGGAGCUCAUCCCCGUCUUCUCGUUUUUCUUCUUGCUCACAACAAGCGCGGGCUCUGCCAUGUGGGCGGCGCGGAUCGAGGACGAGAAGAGGCGGUUGGCCGUUGGUGAUUUGGUAGGUGACGGCGGCCCGUCCGCUUCUUCGCCGUCGCAAGCAGUGUCACCACCAGCCUACGAGGAUGAUCCCGUGUAG